AUGACUAUGAGACACAUCCCAACACCCAGCGCCCAGGGCGCUAUCCGAAUCCUGGUCAUCAAUCCCAAUACCUCAACUGUUAUGACCGAUGGCCUCAAGCCGAUAUUGAAGCGACUCAACUAUUCCGAUGUAGAGUACGAAUACUUCACAGCCCCCGACGAACCAGUGACUAUAGGCGGCCACACCUUCCAGCCAAUUUCCAGCAUCAACUCUGGGGAAGAGUCCGCCCAAUCAGCCCUUAACUGUUGGUCAGUCUUGGACCGAAUUUCGCAAUUCGAUGCAUUCCUGGUGGCGUGCUACUCGGCCCACCCACUAGUGGGCGUAUUGCGAAAGAACAUCCGAGAAUUCGAAAAGACCCAUCCGUCAACUCGCAAGAAGUACGUGACCGGUAUUUUCGAGGCCAGCGUCACCGCUUCCCUAUCAUUGAUCAGCGCAUUCGACUUUGUCACACUUGGUGAGCUGGAAAAGAAACAGGUCGAUGAGUCAUUUGGAAUUGUGACUACUGGCAGUAUCUGGAAGGAAGAACUUGGCAAGGCUGUCACCAAGAUGCUCGGCACCAGCAAUGGCUCGUCCCGUUUCGCUGGUGUUGAGACAACUGGAUUAACGGCAGUGGAGCUUCAUACAACUCCACCGGAAGAAGUGAAGCGAAGGAUCAUUGAUGCUACUCAGAGGCUGCUUCGGGAGUCGCCAGUUCCUGUGACUGCUAUUUGUAUGGGAUGUGCUGGAAUGGCAGGAAUGGAGGAGGCUGUCAGAGAGGGAUGUAUACGUGGUUAUGGGGAGAUUAAGGGACGAGAAGUGAGAAUUGUUGAUGGUGUGGUUGCAGGGGUUGGAACAUUGGUGACAUCGUGCAAGGCAGGAUUUUGA